AUGCCGGAGGACCGGGGGAAGCGCCCCCAGCUCUUCACUCCUGUGCCAGAGUCCCCGCCGUCGCCAUCAGCGGGGGCGGCAUUCCCAGUUCUGGAGCUGCGCCUUGUUCGGCUGGGGACCGAUCCGGUGCCCGGAAACCACGCGGUGGCCCCACAGAACCCCCGGCAGAAGAGGAGGAGUGAGGAUUCUGGGCCGGCGCCAUCGAGCCCGGAGUUCAGGAUUCCAGCAGCACGAUGGCAGUACCGACGACCCACAACCACGCCGCCUACGGGCGCUGUUGAGGGCCAGGGGCAGCCGAAGGCACCGAGGCCGGCGCCAGCCCCCGAGCCGAGCGCGCCGGUGGAGCCAGGGCUGGCAAGCGCGGCGGCGUGGCCGGGGCCAGCGGACACGACGGCGGAGACGGGGCUGACGGACGCGGCGGGGGUGCCGGGGCCUACGGACACGGCGACGGAGCCAGUGGACGCGAUGUCCUUGCUGGGGCCGACAGAUGUGGCGGCCGAGAAGGGGCUGGCGGAUGCGGCGGCCGAGACAGAGACGCAGCCGCCCGAGCGCCCAACGCCGUCCGAGCCCGCCCCGCGUGGGUGGCUGGAGGCGGCCGUAGCGAAGGAGAUGGCGCGGCGAGAGGCAGAGCGCGCCGCUCUGGCCGCAGAAAGACCGCAGCUCGCUGCGGCGCGCGCCGCUAACGAGGACGAGCGGCGCGCCACGGAGGAGGGCCGGAAGGCCUUGGAGGAGGCCCGCGUGGAAGUCACGUGGGAGCGGAAGGUUUUGGAGGACACCAGCAUGGAGGUUGCGCGGGAGCGGGAGGAGGCGGCGAGGAACCGCGAGAGGGCAGCGGAGGCUCUCCAGGCCGACCUAGCUCGCCAGAAAAGCUAA